AUGCAUCAAAUCUUGCGUGAGGAACGAUUGAAGCACAAGAGCUUGAGUUGCAUUUUGGCAGGUGACUUCAAUGUCCCGCCCUUCUUUCCAGAGAGUGCCUUUGAGCGGCUCAGCCAUCAAAUCAAAAACCCCGCUGAGACUUGGUCGAUGCCGGAGAUUGAAGACAUCUCACUUCCGAGUCCUGUUUAUGAAUUGCUGACAAGGGGGAAUUUGAGCGCCGAAUCGAUUGGAUUCCUCAUGACAGCGAUCAAGGCAUCCGGCUUCCAUCCGUCCAAGCUGCUGCAAGGCUCGAUCUACGAGAUGUUGGUCCUGGACCGAUCACCCCAUGUCUUUGUCAGUGCAUACUCGGACGUGAUUGGAACGGAGCCCAUGACGCAUGAAGGGGGCACGUUAGACUUUGUUUUCUAUAUGCCGGAGCAGCGUGAGUAUUUGAGCAGCAGUCCGUUGAAGACGGACUCUCAUUUGAAUGAUGCGAGCAACGAGUGGUACAGUGAGGAAGAGCUCAACAUUGCGACGGAGAGCUUUGACAAGAAAUGUUUGCUUGGUUCAGGCUCCUUCGGGCAAGUGUACAAAGGUACUAUGAAGGAUGGUACUGAAGUCGCCAUCAAGGUCUUGCAGGUGCCAAACGAAGGCGGCUUCGAAGAGGAGGUGAGAGUCCUUUCGCGCUUUCGCCAUCCCAAUUUGGUGAUCCUCAUGGGCUUCGCCAGGCAUGCUGAGACGGGGUGGAGGAGCUUGAUAUAUGAGUUCUUGUCUGGUGGAGAUGUGGCGAAGCGAAUUGCUGGAAGCCGCCAGAAGAAAGAGCCCUUUAGCGGCCAGCUGCGGGUGAGCGUGGCUUUGGAUGCGGCCUGCGGGUUGUCGCACUUGCACAACAUGACACCCAGGGCUUUCCAUCGAGAUAUCAAGUCCCAGAAUAUCCUGCUGGACAAGUACGGUACAGCGAAGAUGGCGGACUUUGGACUCUCGGUGGAGGGCAUCACUCGCAGUGGACGACCCGAGAGACGGGUUGGAGCGAACGACCGGUCCGUUCUCAGGGUUGGGGGCACAGUGGGCUACGCAUGCCCCGAGUACCUCCGUACGGGGGUCAUCUCCGAAGGUAGCGAGGUGUACAGUUUUGGAAUCCUCCUCUUGGAGUUGCUCACUGGUGUUCCUCCGGCAGUCUGUUGCGCAGACCGUCCAGGGGAAUACAAGUUCCUAGUUCGGCCCUGA